AUGGCCGAUACGCCGUCAUAUUACUUCGCUCUGUCGGCCGGCAAAAAGCGCUCUCGCGAUGAUGACGAAUACGAUGAGGCGCGCUUGGAGAAGAAAGCACGACCAACCUCGGGGGAUAGCAACUACAGUGACACCUUUGCCCAAGCCCGGGACUCUGUGCUGAACACUCCCAAAUCUCGGUCAUAUGCCGACGCGCGCAGGUUCGACCGCCUGCUGUACGACAGCGAUGACCAGGACUCUAUGGCCUCCGAGUACGGCAGCGCGCAGGACGUUGCCAUGCCAUCGGACGAUGAAAUGAUGCAGACCGACGAUGCGACCACGCCCAUUGUACCAUGCUACGACGCCCGCGCGUGGCAGUCUGUCCCAGCGCGCAUUCAGCAAACCCACCGUGUGCCCACGCCAAUCCUUCCCCCGCUGUCAUCGCCCUCAUCCCGACCCGGAUACCGGGCCAUGCAGGUGCGUACCAACAUGAAGCACCACGUCCGGCAUCGCCACCCGCAAGAGAUCUUCAGCAACUCUUCCGACCUACUUGAAGUCCCGUCGCCCGUCGACGAAGACGAAGUCCCAACUCCCCCGUCCGCCGCCGAGGCCGCAGGCUCGCAGCUCAGCAUGCUCACCGUCAACGACAUGGACAUUGAAGCUUCGCAUGCCGCUCUGCCUACCAUCGCCGUGGACCCAUCGCAAGCAUUGCCCUUCGCCGCCCACGUCCCUCGCAGUUUUGAAGCGGACUCGGCCAUCGCAGAUGGGUUUGAACCGAUGGAGGGGAGCGAUAGUCUUGGCGCGGGUCUGGUGGUUAGGAAACAGCGGGCUAGGAGCGGCGCGUUGAGUUCGGGCCAUGGUUCAUCCUCUCCCAGUCGCGCCGAUGCUGGGCGCCCCGACUUGUACUGCAAUGGCGCAGCCAGACGUGGCUUCAGCUUGGGCUUUCGUGCCGAUUGUGAAAAGUGUCAGAUGCGGGUGCCGGGGCAUAUGAAUCACUUUGUGUGA